GAGAAGUUGGUGAUUGGAUUGUUGACGAUGAUGUCAAUAUCAUGGGGUGGGUGCACAUGGGCGGCCGUGGAGUGCGGCACCAUGGCAGCAAUAAUAUCUGGGUGCUCCAGUUUCAUCAGUUAUGGGACACCAGAGCCGGUACCAGGAACACCAUGCUGCGACGCCCUGAACAACCUGCAUGUGAUAUCGGACUCAGUGGCUAACAAGCGGUCAGUGUGCGGGUGCUUGAUGGGCCUAAUCACAACUUACUACCCACAUGCGACUGCUCUUGCUACUUUGCCUGGCCUUUGCGGUGUCGAUCUGGGCUUUACUAUUGAUCCCAAUACCGACUGCAAUUAG